CGGGGGAGCGGAGCUCCGGCCGCGCCGUGACGGGGCGGAGCGGCGGCGCUUGGCCCCGCUGGGCUGCCGUCGGGGGGCGGGGCCGCAGCAGCAGCCAUGGCGGCGCCGGUCGUCCCGGAGAGUGACAGCAUCCGCCGGGCCGUGUCGCUGCUGAACGCCGUGGACUCGGGCCGGUUCCCGCGCUUGCUCUCCCGCCUCCUCCAGAAGCUGCACCUGAAGGGUGAAAGUAGCUUCAGUGAAGAGGAGGAAGAAAAACUUCAAAUAGCUUUUUCAUUGGAAAAGCAGGAUCUUCAUCUGGUUCUUGAAACUAUAUCAUUCAUUUUGGAACAGGCAGUCUAUCAUAAUUUGAAGCCUGCUUCAUUGCAACAACAGCUGCAAAGCAUUCACCUGGAUCAAGACAAAACUGAAGCAUUUGCCAGCGCAUGGGCAGCUGCAGGUCAAGAGACAAUUGAAAAGUUCAGACAGAGGGUUUUGACCCCUCAGAAGCUUGAAACAAUUGGAUGGCAGCUUAAUCUUCAAAUGGCAGAGUCCAUGCAAGCAAAGCUGAAGUCUCCACAAGCGGUGCUAGAGCUGGGAAUGAGCAAUGAAGAUUCAAAGGUACUCUGCACAACUUCUUGCUUGAUGAUACAGAAGACUAAAUAUAGUAUUUCUCUGCAUGAGAAUUCUCCAUGAGGGCUGGACUUUCUAAAUAUUCAAACUAGCUAUUGCAAUAUAAUUCUGAAGUGAUAUUCAGUGCAUUGGUAAAUUUACUUAUUUCACUUUUGAGGGAGCACUAAAUUUUCCAACUAAGAUGACGUCCAUGUCAUCAUCACAGAUUGCUGUUUGUUCAGUUCCUUUUAUUUCAAUGAAUCUCAGAAACGUAUGUAUUAUGCAUGAACUCUGCAGAUGCACUAUGAAAUCAUAAGCUGUCCAAACACUGAGCUGUUUUGUAUUACACAAAUGCCACUAAAUUUGCAGAGUUACCAAAUACUAAACCACUUCUGUACACAAGGACUAAGGCAAUAUGUGCAUUCAGCAAGUUCUUUGUUUUCUUCAUUACUGCAAAGACAAGAAGGAAAAAACAAAGCUGUCAAUGAAUAAAAGUUUGCUAAAUGAAGAGCGAAGAUUUUCUGUGGAGUCUGUGUUUGAGAUGGUUGCACAGGCAGCUGAGAAGGCACAGCAAGAUCUUCAACUAGAACUGUGCUGCCCUUGUGUUGAAUUUUAUAAGCGUAACAGGCAUGAGCGAGAAUAAAUGUAGAGGACUGUUAUGCUAACAUUAACAAUUGCAUAAGUAUAGAUGCUGUUUCUGCAAAUGCUGUGACAGAUACUCAGGGAGAGAAAAUCGCUUUCAGCGUCUUAAAUAUUUCCCUAUAUCCCUGUAUCUUCUAGACUUUUUUUCUUAUUUUGUGUCUCUUUCGUCUCGUGUCACACAUGGUGUGCUUUCCUGCAGAACAUUAAACUUAUACAUUGAGUGUUAUUUUAUGGCUUAAGAUUCCUAAAUCAUUACAGCAAAUUAUGGUUUUAUAGUAUUCUUUUUUUUUUUCAUAUUAGGAAAAUACCAAUCUUGCCAAUUGUUUAUUUCUAUUAAAAAAAGUGGACAUAAGUCAAGUAUAUGCCUUUAUUAAAAUAGUUCAGUGUUAGUUGGUGUGAUCUUAGCUGGAGUGAUGUUAAUACAAUUGCAGACUAAAAUCACAGGGUUCUGUUAAAGGCAAUGAAAAUAUUUCUUCUUGAAUAGAAUUUUUACAGAGCCUUCAUGGUACACAUCACAUUUCUUGUGAUGAGGAAAAGAUACAACCUUAGUAAAUAAAUCUGGAUUUAGAAGUUAACAUAUAUGAACAAUUAAAUAUUCUUGUUUAGCUUACUAUAGACGCCAACUAAGAUUAAGAAAUUUAAAUAGUCUACUCAUUUGCCCUUUAGAUAGAAUUUUAGAUGCUAAGGUCCAGAAACAACCAACCAACCAAUACCAGUAAAAAAUCCCCAACCCAGUAAUAAAGUGUCCUUGACUGUGUUAAAAGCAUAAGGAAAUUUAAUAGGUAUUAAUGCUCUGUGUGAUAUAAAUGUUUUGGAUUAAAUACUUUUAAUUUGCUUUCAAUAAAUAUGAAUUUACUUGUUAAAUUCAGAGAAGUUGUGGCUUUAUUAUCGAAAAAUUUCUCUAAAAAGUUUUGGUAGAGAAAAGAAGUACAAUCUGAGCACAUUCAGCUUUGGGGUGGCUAGGUGACAGUACUGUGUGGUAGUGUAUCAACUUUGUAAUAAUUAGAGAUGACUCAGCCAUUAUCAGAAGGUAACAUCUACCUUGUACCAAAAAGUCUAUUCAUGGUUUUGAGAGGUUUACUCACAUUACUCAUUUUACUUUCUGUGGGUAAAAAUAUGUCAGCUGAACUGUUCUGAAUUGUGCAGCUCUAACCACUUGUUUAUGCACAGAAAUCCGCUGUUCUUUUAACAUCCGCUGAUAAACAAUUGGCAACUAUUUCAAGUCAUUACCAGGUUUGUCGGGGUGGAAAUCCUUUUCACAUUGCUAACAUGCGGUUAUCUAAAGACAUACAAACUUCUGAAGCAUAUUUAGACGUGUUUAGGCAGAAUCCAGUUUUUUGUAGCAGGUUGCUGGGAGGUUUCUACAGGAAAGCAACAGGCUAUAUUUUUAUGAAGUAAGAGGCUAACCACAUGGCCUUGAAGUGAUAACCUUACAUAGGGGUUUUGCCUGAGGAAGGAAGAACAUUCUCCUAUCUAGAGAUGGAGUACUCACUUUGAUAGGGAAAAAAAAAAUCAAAAUCCACACAAUUAAUACUUUUAGUAAUUGUAUAUUGAUUACAACUAAAAAGCAGGAAAUCUUGCUGUUCUAAAGUUCAUUCCCAUUCUAAAGUGAUGUUUAACCUACUCCUGCAGUUAAGAAUCUUCUAUUUUCUGAAAGGAAAUAAAAGGCUCCCAAAUCGUGAGUUCUAUGUGUAGAAGAAAAAUGGGUUCUGCAGUAAGAAGAAGCUGGACUAACGGUGGGGAAAAACUGAACUGAUAGAUAAGGUGCUUUGUCAGUUAACGCAAAUCCCUUGUUAUUGCAUUAUAAAAUACGCCUUGCUAAAGCAGAGUGGAUAAGAAAUAGUAUAACCUUUAACUAAUAUCUUAAUUUAUUCCCCACAAUUUGACAAUAGCAUGACAAUUAACAGAUGGAGAGAAGGCAUUUACUGAGAUUAGCAAUACAACUGUCAUUGACUCAUACUAACUUGAUAAAGGGAGAUGGUGUAUCAGGAUCUGUUUUUUUUUAGUUGAAGCUGAAGUGCUGGUACACUCACAUGAGAAGUUCUUUGGAAAGCCUUGCCCAAAAGUGUGAGUGCAAACCUUGUAACAUGGGUUUAAGGGAAGAAGGGACAAGCUUGUGAAUAGGGGUCUGUUGAGUGUUAUUAGACAGAUAAACCCAUAUGAGGCUCAAGAAAUCCUCUGGGAGCCUUGGGGUGCGUUUGGUGGCAUUGCACAUACACUGCUUCUUCUUAAGUCAUUGAUUUCAGAGUGUUCGCAGUGAAACUGGAGAAAUCUGAAAAUGAGAUUAUUGUUUUAAUUGUACAGUUUAUUAUUUCAUAAGGGAAGGUUUGCCUGCUCAUUUCUGCUGCCUUUCUCAUUCCAGAUCUUUACUCUGUAAUUACUGGUGUUUCAUCCAUUGUGUGACUUCCUUGAAAAUUUGUCAGGUUUUGUGUUUUGUGGUAGCAUUAAACUGAAGGGGCGAUUGGGUCUAUUACUUCAACACUAAGCAAAAAUUGUAAUGACAAAGAUUGUGUUUCCGAGUUUAUUUUGUCAGUUAAACAGACACUCGUGCAAGGGUUCUUUCCAUACUGUAGUUAGAUUUGUUAAAAAUGAAUUAAUGGUUGAUGACUUCUGAAGGCCAGACACCCAAUUUCAGGAGGCAGUUUCAGCGACCUUUGACAGCAAUCCCAAAGUGUUUGAAAUAUAUACCUGCAAACAAACUUACUUGUUUUGUCAUGGUGGCAUAAAAUACGUGCAUCUCAGCUGCCACCAGAAGUAGUUUGGGAUAAAAUGUGUGCAUAUUGAGAAAAUUAAUAUUGUCAGUCAGCUCGCUGUACAGAUACGUGACCUACUCGCGUUAAGACUGGCAUUCUGAUUCUAUUCUAAUAGCGCCAUUGUUAUUAAUAUAUGCUGCAUGGUUCUGACCUGCUUUGUUUAGAAUGCAUGUUGGUUUUUAACGUGUGUGACAUUUAAGGUUUAUGGAUUAAAAAAAAUAAUUUUUCCAAAAUUAAAAAAAAAGUCUCAUACAUUUUUAGUAGAGUUUACAGAAGAGGUACUCUGCAUUUCCCCUCUAGCAAGAUGGUACAUUACUGAAUUAAGUGUCAGUAUUUCUGUGGCUGCGUAAGAUUUAAUAUGAUGGGCAAUGUUAUUAAGUGUCUUUUGGAAUGGACAGAUGGAUUUGCCUGAAACCUGUUUGUUAAUUAAUUGGAUUUUUUGAAAAAUGAGUAAUUUUCAAAUGAGAUUUCAGACUUCUAAUUCUUUGAUAGAAACAUUUUUAUAUUGUAGGCCUGUAUUUUUUUAGAAGUAUAUGUAGAGGGCCACAAGGAAACAUGACUUUGUGUGGUUUGUACACGUUCUGUUGGAGUGUGAAAGCAGAACCUAGGUAGUAUAGCAAUUCAAAUAAUCUCUCAUGCAAAGCAUGUCCAAACUUGGACUGAAGUGAAGAAAAAUAUCUCAAGAGUCAAGCUGUUACUGCUCUGCACUGCAACAUGAGGGAACUGAAUUUACCACUCGUUUAUACAAAUCUGCACUUCAUUCCUAAUGAAAAAAAUAUAAAUUGCCACUACGAAAUUACGCAUGAGGCAAGUUAGCACUCUUACAGUCUCCUAAGCUUUUUCAGAAGUGCCACUUUUAAAACUUGAGCUUUCGGUGUUGAGGAUCAAGAGGAAAAUUAAAUCAGCAGAAGCAUUUGCAAGCCAUUUCAUCUUUCAGCAGAACAGAAAACUGAACAUCCCGACUGUGGUUGGAUGAAUGUAUCGAGGUAGCGUUAGGGUAUGUAGCCAGUCUGGUCUGGUGCUGUGCUGUAGAUGACGCACAAACCUGCCAACAAAGGUGGUAUAUAUUGGGUAAAUUCUCUGGGAUGCUGGAAAGCAUGAAUAUAAACGUUUUUAUAGACUUACAUUUACCACUUUAGCUCCUUUAAUCUGUGCUGAUGUAGGAUUAAUUCUAUGCAUACAUUGAAAGCUCUUACUUUUCCCCUGCUCCAUUCCUCCCUUUCGUCCACUUAAAUAUGUCUUAACCAUAAUAAAAUUCUUUUGUUGGGGAGCAUGUACAUAAAAUGUAUAUGCCCAUGAACAUGUUUCAUUUUUGUUAAAAACAAAACUGUAAAAUCAGUUUACUUAAUUUCACGUGCCUUUUUCUUCCCUGUUAUUCAAAAGAGCUUGAUUUGGGGGAAAAAAAAGAAGUUUUAAAGGACAGAAUACAAUAUUUUAAAUACCGAAUGCUGCAUAUAUACACUUGAUAUUUACCCACAGGUUUUGUGACGUUUUUUCCUUUGAUAUUAGAUUUUCUUCAUUACAGUAGUGUGCAAGGAGCCAUUUCUGAUACAACAUGAGUAGGCUUCCUGACAGGGGACCAGAAAAGAAGGAAAUUUGAACACUCAGUAGGAAGUUGACUGCAAUUCACUGAAAAGCAGUUACAAAAAAGCUCAACAAUAAAGUGUUCAAUGAAAAAUAGUUAUGCUGGCAAAACUGUUUGGAAUUCUUUGAGACUUUACUAUUAAGUGAAUGGAAGAUCUGUAGAUUCUUAAAAAUUGUUUACUUAGCUGAAAGUAUUAAAUAAAAUUAUUGCACUAAUGGAGCAGAAAGUUUUUAUCGCUAAAAACAUAACAUCUGUAUUUAACUUUUUGAAAAAAAAAGAAAAAAUAUAUAUUUUUUAAAAUUCUGUAUGGUACUAAUGAACUGCUCAGGUCAAAUCCUUGUUCAGUAGAAAUAAGCUGGUUGUGGGUGUAUUGUUUUAAUACAUGGACUUUAUGUUGGUCUAUGACCAUAGUCCAGCAAAAUUCCUUUUUAGCAGUAGAAAAAAAUCUGCUGGUGGUAUCUGCUGUUGUCAGUCCCUUGCAAUAGGGAGAGCAAUAAGCUUUUCUUGCUGUAAGAAAGGUCUCUGUUUGGUCUUUCCUGUAUUAUACAUUGUUGUUUUGCAGAACGUAACUAGACCACCCUUCUCUUCAUGCUCUGCUCUUCAAACAUGCGUAGGGAAGAUCAGCAUGUGUCUCCUGUACCAGGAGUCUGCCUUGGCUAUGAGAUGGGGGAGUAUUUUGUUUCUCUCCGCUUAAGUGGUGUUCAGACCAACAGAACAUGCAAACUGUUUUUUAUGAGUUAUGACUGAGAGCCCCUACCUCAUUCACACAGCUGCCAAUGUAGUAGUUUAGACACGGAGGGGGAAAGGCUGUUAUCGAAGCCAAGGUGUCACGUAAUUGGGCAUUACAGGGAUGGCGAAAGGAGGAUUGUUUUUUCCUCCUGGCUCCUCAGAUGCAGAGCGAUGGCAGGGCUGGACAGUAGCUGCUACUGCAGGCUCUUGAGCCUGAGUCUUUUCCAGGUUCUGUGUUCAUUUCUGCAUUGAUCUGCAUUAACUUACUUUGUAAUCCUCAGCUACCAUUGAUAUUGCACAUUUUCUAGGCUAUGAAGCCAUUGCAUAUUUAAACCACUGUGGCCAUGGUGGAAAACAGGGUCUGUGACAAAGCUAUACUCUGUUUUAGAAUUCUUGCAUUAUUUUACUCUUUCAACUGUAGUCAUUCAGCUGGAGAGGAUUUGGGAGUGGGAUGCAGUGGGAUGCUGGUCUUUUAUGACGUAACCAAUGUAAGUUGUCUUAAAAUUUCAUUAGUUUGUCUAGGUUUUCAGUGUGGCUCUGUCAGUGUUUGAUGUGUUUUGGGUUCUGUGAACACAGUGUUAGCAAAAUGCGUUGUAUAAGAAAAUGCAGCUAUUAAGGAGGUGAUGCCAUGCCGCAUUAAACACAAGUGUAGAAAAUGCAGCAUUUUCUAGUAACCAUUAUUAUUAUCAUAUGAAUCCUGCCCUAUGAGAUUCCUUGUGCUGUGGCUUCACAGUGGUGAAAUAUUACAGGGAGCUUUUGCGUAAGAGCUUUCAGCAAUGUAAUUUACAGCCCCAUUUUGAUAUCUGUCUUCACUUCUUCCAUCUCUUGUUUGCUUGGAAAUAUUGCCACAUACUGUCCUGUAAAUAGCAUUUUCUGUUCAAUUCACAGCCAGUCAGUACCCAGAGAAGAAAUUAAGUCUAAUGCCAUGGUUUCAGAAUUAAGUUUACGCCAUGGCGUCUAGGCGUGAUUUCACAAUCAUUAAUACUGUAUCUCUGCACUACCCAAUUGCUCACAGAAGAAUUGUAAUGUUGGGUACAUGAUUGCCGUUCUGUCACAUUAUCUGGAAUAUAUGCCACUAAUACAGAGUUUAUGCCAGCUUUGUGUUUUAACGCUGUCUUUAUUCUGAGACAAUGGGCUAUGCAGCCACUAAUGCAAAAUUAACCUAUUGACUUUCUGCUAAACACAUUUUAACAGUUGAAGUGAAUCUAGUACCUUGUAUUAUCUGACCUUACUGGUUUGAUUCUACACUGAGAGCCCUAUGGCUAAGUGAUAGUCUGAAUGGCAGCAUCUAGAGGUGUAACUGACUAAGAGCAGCAAUUUUUUAUCCAAGAGAUCUAGCCCGUUUGGAUGUUCAGUCCUAUCUUGCUAUUCAUGGAUCUUUUAUACUCUUUUUUCAAGUUUCAGAGCUAUUUUAGAUUGUGUUGGAAUACUUUUUCUUUGUUUAAAAAUCAUGAAUCAGACUCCAAUUGCAGCACAUUUGAACUGGUGGUGGUAGACAAGCAAGAGGUCAGCAAUGUCUUUGGAUCCCAAGACUGACCAUUCAGCAGCCUUGUGGAUUUUACUGGCCUUCUACCAAGUUAUCUAGAUAAUUCUUCUGGCAACUUUUACUGCUGAUCAGCCACUAUCUAUUGAAAUGACUUGUACAUCCAGUUCCAUAUCUUCUAAGAGUGAAGAACAGCGGCCAUCUGAAAGGUGUGAUUGCUAGCUUCUAGGGAUUUCGUUUGGGUUGACUUCCUGUGAAAAAAUAGUCAGAAAAAUUGAUUCUACAUGGGAAGAUUGAAGUUGUAUUCCAUAUCAACUCUUCAGCUAAGGGAUGGUUAUUAUUUAUUACCAAAUAUCAUUCAUUGUUAUGAGGUGGGCUCUCUAAACAGAUGCGAUCAGUAGUCUCUAGCAAGAGGGACUAAAAUCACUUAUCAUAGAGGUACAAUUUAGUGCUGAAACUGUUACAGAUAGGAUGCCAUUAGAUUCCCCAUUCUUAACCUUGUUUCAAACUUAGCAAACCAGCUUCUCCUAGCAUGUCUUCUGUGUGGUGCACCCAGAUGAUAACCACCCAGAUAAUGGUGGAAUCCCCCCAGUUUUGGAAUCCCCCCAGUUUCUUAACGUCUGUCGUGUACUGGGGGUGUGCAGGACUGGAUGCAGUGUCUCCGGUGAAGCCUCACGAGUGCCAAGCAGAGGAGAAUCACUUCACUCUGCCUAAAGGCUGUGUUCUUGCUAAUGGAGGUAAAUGCUCUCUUAUCUUCCUCUUACAAUGGGUUAUGUUUUAAGACAAGAAGUCUCUUGUUGUGCAUGUAGAACUAUUGAAGGAUCUACUCAGAACUUCAGAAGGAGAAGUUUUAGUUUCCAAAGAAAAAAGGAAUGGAAAUUCUUUCUGGAUCUUUAGUAUUGGAAAGUUUUCAUUCAUUGCUGUACCAAGAGCGGUUGUUGUUGAAUGGUCUGCGGUUUUUACAGUUUUUACUUUCACAUUUUAAUACUUUAAACACUCAGAAAACAUAAACAAUUACUGGAGAAACAUUUCAGUUCAAUCAUAGAAACUCUCUUUGUUUAUUUACCAACGUUCUUGCCGAUACGGAGAUGUGGUCUAUUCCUCUUGCAUGCUCAGGCUGCGUUGUGACAUUUUAGAUUUUAAUACCUCUAUAGACUUCAACUUUAGCAAAACUAAUGCCACCAAUUAAAAACAAAAAAUCAUAAAAAAAACAAACUAAAACAAAACAAAAAACCCCAAACAAACAAAAAGUAUAAACAAACAAACACACACCCCACCCCCCAAAAACAAGGGGGGUCAGGGGAGGGGGAAGUAUUGCAUUUAGCAAUUUGAGACCUGGAUUGCCAACUGUCAAAUUAACUGUUGGAUCUACAUAUUUCUUAGAGCCCCUCUGAUCCCAUACUGACUUUGCCUGAACACCAGAGUUCUGACUAGUUUGUGGCUGCAGACAAGUUAAUCUGUUUAUCUUCAAGAUAAACAAAACAAUCCAAAUAGAAUUGAUUCUCCUACACAGUAGUGCUUUAAUCCUGUUAAAAUAAUGGUCCCAAGCAUAUUGGACCAUUUGUUCUCAUUAAAACAAGUGGUUUGUAAUUUUGGUAAUUCAUUCCUGUGUGCAGGGCUGUGGAAUUACUCUCUUUUCAGCAGGCACAAAACUUUUCUCACGCCUGGAAUCCAACGGCAUCUCCCUGUAGUGUGUGUUCAACUUUUAAUCCUGUCACUCACCAGUAGAAGAGCACAGAUACUCUUAAUAUGCUUUUUCAUAAGACUGCUGUCACCCUGGGGCCUCAGCCAAGUACCUGACCAGGUUAAUCAGGUAUCCUUCUGAUUCAUCAGUUCAUCUGUCAAUCAUUUGUUCUCCCAGUUCGUUUUUCUGCUGGUCAGUGCAGAGUUUUAGACAUUGAAUGCAACCAGAGCACUGCUGUGGUACUAACUGGACAGUCAUACCCUAAAGGGGUACAAUAACCCAGAAUAUGAGAGAACAUACAGGGGGUUCAAAAUAGUUUAAGUUUUCCCUGAAAUUGGAAAAUGUUUCUGUUGUGUAAAGGAAAGCCUCAUGUAAAGGCCCCCAUUUAGCCAGUGGGAAAGCAGCUACUAUCCCUGGUAGUAUUCUUCACCAUCAUAUUAUUCUUUCUCUGUUUAAACUAAACUCAAUGUUGUAUGUAAAACUGCAUUUAUUUGUGUAAUACUGCAUGUGUCAUUAUGUCAGGCUAGAAAUAAAUUUUUUUUUAAACCUACCAUACCUGCAUAUCACUCUUCUUCAUUGUUCCCUUUAGCAUCACCUCAUUACUUAUGUCUUAAGACAAGGAAAUUGAAGUGUUUUGCGUUUGGAUGUAUUGAGAGUCAAGCUAUUUCAGUAUUAACUAGAAUCAUUCUCAUUUGUCUGAAUGUUGUAGUACAAGUAUUGAAGUGUAUAUAGUACAAGUAUUAAAAUGUCUGUAAAAUAAUGUCCCAUGUUAAGAAGACAUAUAUGUUUGAUCCCUGGAAUGGUUUGGGUUGGAAGGUGACUUUGAAGAUCACCUAGUCCAACCACCCUGCUGUGGGCAGGGACAUCUGUCACUAGAUUGCAUUGUUCAAAGCCCUAUCCAACCUGACCUUGAACACUUCCAGUGAUGGGCUAUCCACAACUUCUCUGGGCAGCCUAUGCCAGUGUCUCACAACCUUCAUUUAAAAAAAAAAGUACCUUCCUUGUGUUGAAUGUACAUCUACCCUCUUUUAGUUUAAAACUCUUGUCCUGCCACCUGCAGGCCCUGGUAAAAAAAAAAUCUCCAUCUUUCUUAUCGGCCUUCUUUAAAUACUGAAAGGCCACAAUAAGGUGUCCCUAGAGCCUUCUCUUCUCCAGGCUGAACAACGCCAGCUGUCCUAGUCUGUUCUCACAGCACAGCUGUUCCAGCCCUCUGAUCAUUUUUGUGGCCUCCUCUGGACCCCCUCCAACCUCCUUCUCUGGACCCCCCAUUCAUCCCACAUCCUGUAUUGAUACUGAGGGUUGCCGCGACCCAGUUGCAGGACCUUGCACUUGGCCUUGUUGAACCUCAGGAGGUUCGCAUGGGCCCUCUCCUCAAGGUUGACAAGGUCCCUCUGGGUGGCAUCCUGCCCCUCAGAUGUGUCAGCUGCACCACUCAAACUUGCAAAGAGUGCACUCAGUUCCACUUUUUGUGUCCUCAUUGAAGACAAUAAUGAAGAUAUUAAAUAGUACUGGUUCUAGUGUGGAGCCUUGAGGGACACCACUCGUUACUGAUAUCCACUUGGACACUGAGCCAUUGGUUGUAACUCUUUGGAUGUUGCCAUCCAGCCAAUUCCUUACCCAUCUCCCACUCCAUCCAUCAAAUCCAUAUCCCUCCAAUUUAGAGAUAAGAAUGUGGGGAACAGUAUGCAUGUUGAAAACCUUCUCAUGACUAAAAGGAGGACAAAGGUUGUGUUAAAUUCCUUUCCAUACUAACAUAGAAAUAUUAUUUCAAGAUAAAAUAUUUAAAAUAAUUUCCUUUUUUUGGUCAUUAAAUAUAAAACCUUUGGUAGUCAGCAAAUAUAUUCUUAGCAUUCUCUCCAUAAAUAAGAGGAGGUGUAAGAAAAAUCUGGACACAGGUAGUUUAGAUACUAUCUUAGACUGAAAAUCUAAAUCUAAAUCUAAAUCUAAAAUCUAAUAUUACACUUUUAGUCUGUGUUAUAAUCAGUGUAGACAAGACAGUAAACAAAUCAUGAGCUUUCAGUAUGUUUUUGGAAGAAGUAACUUAGUAUCUUAAACAUAAGUUUAAAUAUCAGUUUAUAAAAAAGUUCAUACAGCCAAAGUAGUGUUUUCAAACUGACCUGUAACACCUUAUUUUUCCCUUUUUCCCUUUGUUGAAUGUGUGUGUUUAAAAGGAAAAAAUCUAAAAGACAUUAAGCAUAGUUUAAAUAUUAAUUUCAUUUCUGUCUUUAGGAAAAGAUUACACCAUAUAAUAUCAGUUUUUGUUCCUUGCUUUGCCAUUUCAGUUUUGCAUCAUGCUGUCUUGAAAGAAAAAAAAUGUAAUUAUUUUGGAGCUAAACACACUCAUUUUGAGAAAAAAACAAAAAGUCUCAUGCUUUUGAUACUCACUGAAAACAUUGCAGCCAGCCUGAAUACAGCAUUGUACUCCAGCCACCUGCAGAGUAAUCCAAAUCUGCUUCUGUAUUCCUUCACAUUGCUCACUCUCUUUUAAAGCAACCUGUAUGAACUGUAAUUCAGUAGGACACAGACUUGAAGAAAGUAAAAAGGGAUUUUAUACCCUCUUUCAAAUUGCUUACGUUAGCUGAAAGUGGGGGAUUUUCAUCCCUGAGGAGGUAUUACCUACAUGCUUAUAUUCAUAUUCUGGCUUUGAAGGAAACUGUGGCUGAGUGGUUUGAUUUCAUCUUCAUUUUAUGUGAAACACACAACAGUUGUAGUACUUUCUGUCCUUAGCAGCCUGUCCAGUUUUCUUUGUAAGCUGUGAGAAUUCACACCACUGCAUCAAGUUUUUAAUAGCUUUUCGGGAAAAGUAACAAAGAAGAUCACUGAAAUUAGAUUGUCUAAAAUAAAAAAAUAGCUGAAUUUUUAACUCAUCAGAACAUGUGUAACCUUUAGCGACAAACUGAGAAAGAAAAGUUGUUGAAUUGCUUCACAAUAAGGAGUUGUUUAUGUGUUCCUCUGAAUUUUGUACAGUCACAAUCAGAAAAGACCAGCUAGUCUUCUUUUUUUUUUUUUUUUUAAUUGUUGGAAAAGCUUUUUGUUUCUAAUUUGAGAAACUUUGCUUUUAAAGACCUCUUCCAGUUUCGCAGUGUGCCCUGUUGCCAGAGAAAUGUUGGUGUUUGCUUGUGUGAGGGUGGCAAUACCUUUUUAAUCACACUCUGACAUCAGUGUGUCCUUCAUCCAGAUGGGUAGCUCGGGUUCAAGGCCUUGCUGAAUUGCUUCUGGUGAGGAAGAGGUACUGGCUAGGAGUUUGCUUGUGAAUCUGGCAUUUGUUUGUGAAUUGUGAGUAUUGUUGCAAAAGCUGUACAUCUGUUAUAUUUCGUAGAGUACAAUAAAAACAAGCAGUGACUUCCUAAUUAAAGAAAAAAAAAAGAAGAGGAAGACAAUAUACAUUACUUUACAAACAAUCUUACUCCCUGAGAGCUCUGUCUUUGAUCCUGCUGGGAACUAGAUGGAUAGUUUAACAUCCCUCACUCCCCCAUGGCUUUCCAGCUUCUUUCAGCACUGAGAUUUGUGUGCAAGCACCCAGUUGCUGUCUGCUGGAGUGAUUUGCCUGCUGGAGAUCAGAGAUAUGCUUGCUGAUAGCCACUAACACCCUUUUAGCACAGAAAGAAACUCAAACAUUUUAUCUUUGCUUGUCUGCUUAACAAAAUCCAAAUUGGUAAUACGCUGAGUGACCCAUCCCAAACAAAAGAACUAAUUUACAAAUUAUCUAAUCUUGACAUUUUGUAAAUAUUUAAGCAGAUUUUUUUGAAAGGGUAUCUUCACGUCAUUUACAUUGAUUUCACAUGGAUCUGAGCUUCCUUAGAAGCUGCUGUCUUUUAUCCAGCCUCUUUUCUUCUGCCUCAGUAGAAACAAUAGAUGCUUUCAGGUUUUCUGGCGGUAAAGAGAGGCCUUUGGUGGUAAAACAAUGAAUUGUUGCAGUAUCUUUUUGAACCAGGUAGGCUCAGAAGCUGCAAAAAGAUGCCAGCUUCCUCCAUUCAUCUAAAGCGUUCAUCAUCUGCAUGACUGCACUACAUCAAAUUCCUGUCGGAGCAGUUGCUCUAGAUGUGGAUGCAGAUGACAAUAAGCCAAGUUUCUUCCCCUGGACACAGGAGGUUUUGUUUGGCUUUUAGCUGAGGUGGCUUCCUGAGCACUUUGGAUCACAAUUUGAGCUUUCUCGAAGUCCAGCUUUCUUCAGACCCAACACUGAAUGUGUAUCUGAUUUGAACAUAAAGGAUUUGUAAAUCCAUGUGAAUCAUGUCAGCUAAAAGCAAACUGUGUGGGAAGGUCUCUGAAACCCACUGGCCAUGUUGUUGAGGUGCUUUCCUUGCUGUAGGAGGUGAUGACCAUUGGAUAUCUACAUGCAAAUCUAUGUCAGUCUGACUUCUAUGCUGCAGGGCUGAACUUCACCGUCCUGAGAUACUUACUGAGCUGUAGUGUUUGCCAUUUGAGUCCAUGAUAUUGUUUUCAAAAGAUGAUGAUGCUAGGCUAGCAUUGCACUUAAUAUUUAUGCUCAGUUCUGUUAGCUUACUAGAAUUGGAUUUUUUUCUGAGUACAAGGAUGGAAAUACUUCAUAACUGUGCUACGUGACAAUUUUCGUGUGUAGUUUGUAAAAAACUUACUCGAUUGUGAUUGAAUUUGGUGAACAUAUGAGGUCAGAAAAACCUGACAGCAUUUCUGGAGCCAACAUGCCUAUUGCUGGGCUCUCUCUCUUCAGCAGUAGUUCUCUGUGGGUGCAAGCAUAAGAAGAAAUGUGAACUCCUUAUCAUUCAAGGUGACUGUAAGACUACUGUGUCAGUCUUGAUGUGAGAUAUCUUUGGAAUAGAAAUGUGAAUUUACUGCUCUCCAUGGUGUUUGAAGACUUAAAUGAUAGUCCCAGUGGAAAUAAAUGAAACACAGAGUUGUAACUCUCUGUUUUUGCUUGCAGUAUUCAUUAACUUUUUUUUUUUUUUUUAAUAUUAGAAUUUCUAUGCCAAAUAAGAUGCAUAAAAACUUGAAGGAUCAGAAAAUUUAAUUUCUUCUCUGGAAUAAAAUUAUUCAGCCAUCAAAGUAGAGUUCUGUCUAAAAGAAGAGAGUUAUGUUCUGAUAGUUACAGACUGCACACUGUGUAAGCAAUAUGCAACAAUUAGUGUGGGCGUGCUUUCCCAGAGACUUUUUUCCAUACUUCAAACAGUGACAUUUAAUAGGAAGAAAGCGGAUAUUUGUUUUAAAUUUUUAGUGAGGUUGCUUCUUCAGAGAGCUUUUUACAGUAUUAGGAUUACAGUAUAGUUCGCAAAAUUAGGUGGGAGAUGAAGUAGGAAAGUUGUCAUUAGGACCUGUGUUCCUUAGUUCAGUCAGUGGUAGCCUUAGUAGUUGUGUGGUGGUCUAUUAGUGAAGGAAACUAACAAUUUUCAAACAUAUUUUUUACUGGAUACUGUAUUUGAGAAUUAUACCAACAUGUUUUCCAAGUGAAUCCUGAAAUCACACUGACACGUUUGUGUGGAUGGAUGCUUUAUGCUGUUAAUGGCUGAUCCCGUACGGAGACUAGUGAGAAAUGUAUAAUGGACUUGUGCUGUGUGGAGUUAUCUUCAAAGAAAGGAAGGACUUGUGGAGGUAUAUACAAAAUAUAAAACAAGCGUAGAAACAAGUCAGCCUUUUAGUAGAUCUUCUAUGACCUGUUUUCCAUAUGUGGAACACACAGGGAGGUAUCAGUAGAAAAGACCUGCUUUUAAAUAUUUCUUGUGAUAGGCAUGCACCGAUACAUGUUUACCAGCUAUUUCACCAAAAAGUGUGUUUGUUCACUGUGAUGUUUUUGUAAAAGUGUACUUAACAUAAGCUUUGCACAGAAGUGACAACCCUACAACUCUAGAGUUUUGGUUUUGAGAGGUUUUCCAUGCUAAAGUAUCAUUAAUAGUCCUACGAACCUGACGAUGUUAUUUAUAGGAAUGUAAAUUCCUAGUACAUUCAGGGCAAAGGAACCCUCUGUGGGAGCAGCUGUUGGGAAAAACACUUUGCUGUUUCCCUUUUCUUUAGCAAGAUGGUAUUUACUCUGACUGGGUAUGCUGAGGUGAAAACUGCAGUUCUUUGUUUCCAGAUAAUUGUCUCAGUUUUAAAAACAUUUUUCUCCCCUGCUGUGAAGAAAGGGUCCUGUCUGCCCCUAAUGAUCUGUGAUCUUCCUAGCCUAUGUGGUCUUUCUAGUAGUUGUGUCCCAUUUCUUGUCUGUAGCUUUGCACCAGUUUGUCCAGACAGUAAUGGAUAUUUUCAUGAGGGUGCAAGAGAACAGGAGGAGUGAAAAUGGAAAUGACUGGCACUUAUUGUUGCUGUUUGGAAGUGUGUCAGGUCUUCUGCAGGUCUCCAAAUGUCUACAGGGUCUGUUGGCUCACGAUUAGACUGGGCAAUGAGUUUAUUCUAUGCACUUUCCAUGAAAAUGUGCUUAGAUGAUCCUGUAUCUGCUGGAGUAAAAUUAUCUGUGUGUAUCUCCAAACCAUCAAUUUCCAGUAACACGUUGAUUAGAUCUCGAGAAUCAACACAGAGCUUUGGGUAGGGAGCUUACGAAUACAUUGCAAAGGGAGGGAAAUUCAUCUUUAGUAUGCUGCUGAUUUUGAUCUCCCUAGAUACUGCAGGGUAUUUGAAAUUCUUAAGCUUAAAUGAAAAAGAAAUGCAACUUUGAAAGGAAGAAUGCAGUACAAGUACAAACUAAAUGUUAACAUAUCGAUUGGGAAAAAAGGGGGUUAGCAUGAAAGAUGUGCUGGUUUAUAGCAGUUGCACACUGAGACUUGAAAAUGCAUGUUAUUCAGCAUGAUUUUUUUUCCUCUACAAAAAUAAUUUGAUAUUGCAGAUGGAAAUAAGCUUGGAAGAAGAAUGAAGUUUGAAGGUCACAUUAUCUGAUGAUGUGAAAGAAGUGUAAUUAGGAAUAUAUGUCGGUAUUUAACUCCCUGUGCUCUGCUGAAUGCCUUAGCUGAGUUAUAUCCAUCUACUGCUAUAAUAUAAAGGAGUCUUAAUUGAUGUGUCUUAUGUGCAGAGAGUUAAGGAACAGGUGUGCUUUUAAGCGAUACUAGUCUGUUUUAACGCAUCUGCUUUUCUUACCACACCAUAAUUCAUCUUUUUGACCAAGCAGCUUAAACUUGCUGAUAAAUACUGUGAGACAGAACUUAUAACCCUCGUCUGAUCUGUAAGUGCCUAAGCAGAUGCACAGUUCUGCGGGGUUCAGGGAAAUUUAAAGGAAGCCUGAACUGGUAUAGAACAGACACUGGUAGGGUCAGAGCUAACUGUGCUUAGGAAUGCAUCUGAAUUUGGCUCAGAACUGAUUAGUUGAAUUAUCCAUAUCCUUCCAUUAUAUCUGAGAUUUUAAGGCUAUCUAACAGAAAUAAAUAGGGGAAUGGAAUGCAAAUAUGAAAAUAUUCUUGUCUUAAACAUACCUGAGAUGUGGCUCAAGAUAGUAUUAGAGGUUAUAUUAGAAUGUGGAGACUGGGAUAUGUGUUGCCUCAGCUAGUUACUAUUAACAAACUUUGCUGAAUACACUGUAAUUUUUUACAUGCGCUCAGUCAUUAUCAGUAGACAUUUAGUUAUACAAACCAGCCUGUCCCCCCAUCUGUUUGCUUCAGAAUACUUGGCAUUUAUUUUGCAAUGUUGUAAAGUAGUUACAGCUUUGCAGUUGAGAACUAUUACAGCAAUGUAAAUUUUUCGUAUUCAGAUUUAAAACCAGAAGUUUGUCUUUUAUUUAUAACUCCUAGUACCUUGCUCUAUGCUUAUGCUCGGGGUGGGGAGUUAAAUGUGUGUAAUACAGCUGGGCAAUACAUAAGGUUGCAAAACUGUCAUUAGUAGUGAAGGCUUUUGCAGUAGUAUGUUAAAACAGAAGUAUCUAGAGCAUUGGAUUAAGGAAAAAAAAAAUCCUUUUAUUAUAACCAGGAAUUUGCCUCUGCUUUCUGAAGUAUUUUAAGGAGAUGUAUUUUUUGCAUGGUUUCCACAGUAACAUUUUACAGCAAGAAAGUAUUCAUGUUUAAAAUAAAUUGUUAGCUCAGGCAAUGGGAAAUUGGAAAGUCUUUUACAUCUUGUUUAGUUGUGUCUUCGUCCUUUCUGUGCUGAGGAUCAAGUUAAGCUAAAAAUUUGCCUGAUUAUUUGCUGGUUGUUAUAAGCUAAGUGUAUAUUAAAUGACUGUGUCUAUUUUUUAGAUUUAGCCAUACAUUCAGAAUGGCUGCUUUGGGUAGGAUAGCAUGUUAUUCUUGACUGGGAGCAGGAAAUCUUUAUCUUUGUUUUGCUUUCCCUUCUCGCCUCUCUGUGUCCUCCUUGCCCCUUGCCCAAGAAAAUUUGGUUUUGAACAGCUGUUUUAGAGACUGAUGAAGUUGUUACGUCUUUUAAAAUGAUACCAGACAAUAAAUGAAAAGAUAGGUAAGGGGAGAAAACAAUCCUAAUCAGUUAAACUUAUUAGAAUUUCACAGACAUUCUCAGGAGGCUCUAAAUGGGAAAUUGAUACAAUUUGAGAGAAGAUACAAUUGAUACAAUUGAGAGAAGAGGUAGAAUGAAAUCAGAUUCCAUCUAGAUCUAUGGUGGCAAAAUGACACUAAAAUUUAAUUUUAACACUUAAAAAUAUAUUCAGUAGUGAUAUGUGGCCAAAUACGUUAAACCAUAUGUUUCAGAAAAAUUACUACCUUAUUCCUUGUACUGGAUUCAGAGUGAUGUAAAGAUUUGUCUUGGGCAGCACCUGCAAUUCACACAGACUUUUCCAGUGGCAAAUGCAAUUCUCUGUCAUGUUUAACAGCAGACGAGCACAUUGAACUUGCUGGCAACUUUAUUUAACUGGUGAUGCUGCUCAUCGCAUGUUCAGCUGUGCCUAUUGAGCGUUGUCAGGCCAGUGCCGUCCCUGCCACUCUUCAUGGGCACUGAAUCACACCAAAAGCCUCUCUCCAUAUUUUCAAAGCUUCCUGAAGAAUGAAUAUUUAGUAUUUGAGAUAUUUCUUUGUCUUCAUAGGAAUAACGUCUUUGACGAUGUUUCUCUGACGCUAUGAAGCUGUUGCACUCAAGGCUAAAGCUCUUAAAAGCAGAAGCUGGAACUUUUACUGCAACAGUGACAAAGUUUGGAAUGUAAUGAGAGAAAAGAGUUAGAGUGACUGUGACUAUGGGAAUAAAUUCAUUUUAGUUUUCUGGUAGCUCUGUUUAGUUCUCUUUCACAGGAAUAUGAUAACAGCAAAGUGAAAAUGAGAUGCCAGGAAUGAGGGAAAGAGUAGAGAGAAGGUGAGGAAUGGGAGGAAAUUUAUCAGGGAAGAGGAAAAGAGUAUGAUGAUAGAAGAAAGAAAGGAGUUAGACAUCCAGCAGAUUACUGUUUUCUUAUUUACGUUCUGGGAAACACAUACUAGGUCAGAGACAACAUCUGAAAACCUGUAUGUGUAGAUAAAAGAACGCAGCUUAGCUGCACUUUCGUAAGUAGGCUGAGACUCUUAUCUGCACACAGUGACAGUUAAUUAGAUCAGUAAGCUGAAAGUGGUGGUUUUUUUAAUCCUGUGUUUUAGUUAUGGUUGAAAAAUUAUUGCCAUUUGUAAUUUUGAAUCUUUUCUGAGCACAAUUCCACAACAUAGAUUAAGAAUUUGCCUGCUCUGAGGGCUUUAGCAAUAGUCUAUCUAUACAGUCAUUUUUAAUAGUACUUUACUGAGUAAUUAAAGAAGUGGAUGGUAACCUAUCCAUUUGACAUGUUGCAUUAAUUAGUUAUUUGUGUUCACACAGAAUAAAGCAAAUAAGUGAAUAAUGGAUAUCUCAGCUCUGAUGUAGCUUUUUCUUGUAGGGACCUAGUUACAAUAUGAUGGUUUUGUGGUGUAUGUAGAAUCUCCUGAUGGCAUGACAGUGAUUGUUUGGCACCUACCUCAAGGGACUCAUGCUAGUGAGGAAGUUAAUAUUGUAAAAAUAACAUUUUUGACUGGUGCCACACUUCUGCAUGGCUUUUUGUGACACUGCUCUCUGCUGAAGGGGUGUAGUAGAUGUACCAGGUUUUUACACACAGAAGCAGUUCUGUUUUAGCAGAGAGUUAAGCGCACAUAAACAGCAUAUUUCAUUAAAGAUUGUUAUAUCCUUUUUCCCAUUGACACCCCCACCCCCAGAUCAGAAACACAGCCUGGCAAGGCCUCAUUUCUUUCAGAUCUCCACAGACAUUUGCAUGCCACAAUGCAACAUAAAUUUUAGCUUCGUUAUCAGACUAUGAUUAUUAAAUAAUAAUGGGAAGAGACAACUCAGCCUGUUCAUAAAGAAUAGUGAUCUUUUUUUUUUUUUUUUUUUUAGUAUAAAAAGAACCUGAAUUUAAAAGAUCACACUAUUAUUUUUUCAUUUGCAUACCCUGUCUUAUAACUUACAGUAAUUGCUGUAGUUAGGGGAAUAUAGGAAAGACAAGCUUUCCAGUUUAUAUUUUAUGAUGAUCCAGUUUGUAUUUAUACGAGAAGUUGAUCUUUUUUGCUCAUCUGAAACGGUACGAGAAGAUGCCCAUCUUGAAAGAGACAGAGCUGAGAGUUAUUUGAUCUGGUGGCUGGAGGUGUCACACACCCACUGCCCCUCUCUGCAAAGCCGCUGUAUCGAAACCCAGCAGACUCUUCUGCGAGAAACCAUGCAAGAGGUGACCCUGACUAUUCGUUCUGACUGAUAAACUCUAAGAUAUAUGGUAUCUUCCUUUUAUUCAGAACCUACUCUUUUUUUCAGUUUCGCUUCCAUUCACACAGGAAAAUUCUUCUGGAAUGGCAAAUGCCAAGCAAACAUCCAGCUGAAAUGGUAGAUCCAUUUGCUGUUAAUGUAUCUUCUUUUCUCUACCCACUUUCUUUUCUGAAAAAAAACACUUGUUUGCUUUCUCUUUGUUUCUUAACUGUUAGAAAGCCUUUAAAAAUGCUUUUACUUCCCUGUCACAGCAUUAUGCCCUUUGGAGGGAGGAUCAGCUGGAGUCAUGGCAAAGAGAACUGCUGUCCUGGUAGUUUUAUUUCGUAUUCAGCAUACGAUUCCCAGAAUUGCAUUGUUCUUUCCCAGAGGGGAAGAUUGGUCUUUCAUGCAAAUCACUGGUCCUUUUCUAGGCUUUUGUAGCCCCCCUGAAAUUGUUGGAAAGGAUCCUUCUUUUUGCAGCGCGAGGAGGAGGAAUUGCACCAGACAGGCUGGCCCCAGUCAUUUUAUCCCUUUCCUGUGUCUUACAGCUCCUUUUGAGGAGGAGGCACCAGGCAGUACCUAUCCUGAGUUCCCAGGGCUUCUGCUACUCUUGGGCAUUUGGUUUGCCAAAUUUAGCAGCAUUGACUUAAAUCGAGACUUGCAUUGGUAUGAGAGUACACAGAAUUUGACCCAUAGCCUUGUCUGUAUGCGAAAGUAUCCUUGCUCAUUUAAGCUGAAUUGAUAAAUAAGUGCUUUUCUACUUGUUUUAGUGGUGCAUGAAAUUGGUACCAGUUAAACAAAAUUAUUGUGUCUACAUUAUUUCAUCUGAUAAUAUUUUGUGAGUAGAGGUGUCUGCAGAUUUGCUUUCCACAGAGCCUUGUUAGUGUUUGUGGAAAUGCAGGUGUUGUCGGCAGAAAUGCCUCCAAGCCUCGGAAAGUCUUAACAGCAACAGCUAUAGUUAGGAAUGUGUUUUGAAAGAAGUGACGUGACAAAGUAGAAGAAAUAGGGCCGGAAACAGUCUGGAUGGAUCUGCACUGUGAUUGAAAGUAGCAGGCGUUAAACUACCUGUUUCUUGCAAGCGAGUUAAGCAGGACAGAAAUUUUAAUUUAACCCCAUCUCCACAGACCAUCAGCACAUGUGUACAGAGGAUUAUUACUGCCAUCUGUUUUAUCCACAGUCGUUUCCAUCAGUUAUGUUAAUUUUGCUUUUUUAGUGUUUAAACAGUGCUUUAAAGCUGUUGUGUUGUUAACUUAGGCUGAAUCUGUGUGUAGAUGCCUGUAGCAGUGUCAGCGUGCUAAGAUCAUAACUGUUAGAUUAAUGAAUGGAAAUAUUAGCUCUGUGCUGGUGCAGUACAUUAAUAGCUGUGCAAAUUCAAUCAAGUACACUACUGACUUUGUCAUUGUGUAAUGGUAUUUACCAGAUCUUAGACAAACUCCUUAGUAAGAUGAAUGUAAUCUUUCAUUUUUAUCUGACUUAAAAAUAGGGUAACAAAAUCAUUUUCAUAGAAUAUUUUAUUAUUAUUAUUCUUCGCAGCAGGAGAAUAGAUGUAGACUUGAAUUCUUCACUGAAAUGAAAUAUGCGUAUGUGAGAGACUUUCUAGUGAACGGAAGGAAAACUAACUGUUGCAACCAUUAUCUUUCACAUAGCUUAAUUUCACGUUCUGAAUUAUUAGAAUGAAUAAGAAAAAAAAUAUAUGCUUAUUGUUGUUUUGUUGUUUUUUGUUUGUUUUUUUUUUU